GGUUUUUGAAAGAAAACUCGUUGGUUUGUCUUUCAAUCAAUUCCAAAGCUUGCUUUCUCCCUCAACUCAUCGCCGCUUCCUUCGCGCCCUUUUCCCAGAAAUUGAAUCCGAUAUCUCGACUCAGCAAGCACCAAUCUGCUCGACAAGCAGCCAUCUUGUCAACGACAGGUCAGCUCCACGAGCAGCAAUCUCCUCUGUGUCUCUCGACGCUCGCAAGUCGCAACACUAGUAAUCAAGGCUGACAAGUUACGCCCAAAAAUGGCUGCUUGGGUUUCUAAAUGUUCCCGCGCGGGCCGGUCAUUGUUGGGGGCUCUUGACAACAACUUGUCUGGUUUCUUGGGCUCAUCACAUCAGAUUACAUGCAGUAAUUUCAUGACCCAGCAGAGGACUUUCAUACAAAUGAGGACUGUUCUCAAAGUUGUGGACAAUUCAGGUGCAAAAAAGGUGAUGUGCAUACAAGCUUUGAAAGGGAAGAAAGGUGCAAGAUUAGGGGACACCAUAAUUGCUGCAGUGAAAGAAGCCAUGCCGAACGGAAAGGUGAAGAAAGGAAAGGUUGUAUAUGGUGUUGUUGUGCGUGCCGCUAUGCAACGGGGCCGUUGUGAUGGAGGUGAGAUAAAGUUUGAUGACAAUGCUGUUGUACUGGUUGAUAAGCAAGGUCAGCCAAUUGGGACUAGAGUCUUCGGGCCAGUUCCACACGAGCUAAGGCAGAAAAAGCAUGUAAAAAUCCUUACUCUGGCAGAGCAUAUUGCCUGAUUGAUGGAUCAUUUUCCUUGAAAUUUCUGGUCUCUCUGGUGCUAGGGAUUUUUCUAUUGUAUUUAUCCAACUUUUUUAGUCUUUUGUUAAAGAGCUAAAGUUUUUCUUGUCACUUUUACACUUAGAUACUGAUAAUGACUUUAUCCUUAGCAUUAGCAUCUGGUCUUUGUUCUGGAGCAAUAAAAAUGAAAUCUGCGAUGAUAAUGUUUUGAAAUCAAA